CCCCUGCACCGCCCUCCGGAGCAGAGCCCCCCACGGCCGGCCCAGCGAGGCCUUGCUCCAGUGGGGGCUGGCUGCCAAGUGGCCCAGUCAUGGGUCACCCUCCUCCCCCUGCCAGGAGCCAAAGAAAUCAGCAACCCCAAGCAGGUGCCCUAGACAGACACCCCUGGAGAGCUUAGCCCUGUCCAACAAGGCCUGUGCCCAGCCAAGCCAGCAGCUGGGCCGCCCGCAUGGAAGGAUUCGAUUUUUACCGGUACGGGAAGGAGCCAGGCAGCACCAGAGCUGAGAUCAGAGAAGGAAAAAGAGCUGGAAGAAGUGAGAUUGGGAACUUGGAGAACUAUUACCACUUUCACCACAGCAGGACGAUAAGGCGCUCAACGCUCAGCAGUCGAGGCCGGCACAACUUCCUCCGGAUGGAUCCCAAGGUGAAGUGGCUACAGCAACAGGAAGUGAAACGACGAGUUAAGCGACAUGUUCGGGGUGACCCUCCUUUGAUUCACUUCAAUGACCCAAUGUGGUCUAAAAUGUGGUAUAUGCACUGUGGAGAUAAAAACAAUCGCUGCAGAUCGGAAAUGAAUAUUCCAGCAGCCUGGCAGAGAGGAUAUACUGGCAAAAACGUGGUGGUGACCAUUCUUGAUGAUGGCAUAGAGACAAGUCAUCCUGAUCUCGUGCAAAACUAUGAUCCUCAGGCAAGCUAUGAUGUCAAUGACAAUGACUGUGAUCCAAGUCCACGCUACGAUGCCAGCAACGAGAAUAAACAUGGCACCCGCUGUGCUGGACAAGUUGCAGCUAAAGCAAACAACUCUAAUUGUAUCGUGGGCAUCGCGUAUAAUGCAAGAAUAGGAGGCGUUCGUAUGUUAGAUGGAGAUGUAACAGAUGUUGUUGAAGCAAAGUCGCUUGGCAUCAGACCCGAUUACAUUGACAUUUACAGCGCAAGCUGGGGGCCAGAUGAUGAUGGGAAGACAGUUGAUGGACCCGGUGAAUUGGCCAAACAGGCUUUUGAGUAUGGCAUUAAAAAGGGUCGUAAGGGUUUGGGCUCCAUUUUUGUCUGGGCCUCAGGAAAUGGUGGCAGAGAAGGCGAUCACUGCUCUUGUGAUGGCUACACCAACAGCAUCUACACCAUCUCCAUCAGCAGCAGCACGGACAGUGGGCUCAAGCCAUGGUAUCUAGAGGAAUGUGCGUCUACUCUCGCCACAACCUACAGCAGCGGGGCAUUUUAUGAACAAAAAAUUGUUACCACAGAUUUAAGACACGGUUGCACAGAAGGCCAUACUGGAACCUCCGUUUCUGCACCCAUCGUCACAGGCAUCAUCGCUUUGGCUUUAGAAGCAAACCCCUCACUGACCUGGAGAGAUGUUCAGCAUCUGAUUGUUAAAACAUCCAGGCCCCUACAUCUGAAAGCAAAUGACUGGAAAACAAAUGGAGCAGGACGCAAAGUUAGCCAUCUAUAUGGAUAUGGUCUAGUUAAUGCGGAAGCUAUUGUAAUGGAAUCUAAGAAAUGGAAAAAAGCCCCCACCCAGCACGUCUGCAUUGGAAGCUCCGAUAGGACCCCCAGGGACAUCCAUGCCGACCAGAUGGUGCGCACAACCACCGUGACCAACGCCUGCGCCAACCACUACGACCAACGCGUGGUGUACCUGGAGCACGUCAUAGUGCGAGUCAGCAUUGAGCACCCUCGGCGCGGAGACCUGCAGAUUAACUUAACUUCUCCGUCAGGGACGGAGUCUCAGCUCUUGGCAAGAAGAGCGUUUGAUAUCUCCAACGAAGGAUUUAAAAACUGGGAAUUCAUGACUGUCCACUGCUGGGGGGAGAAGGCAGAAGGGGAAUGGACUCUGAAGAUCCAUGACACGCCAUCCCACAUGCGCAACCCAGAGAGGCGGGGGAAGUUAAAGGAAUGGAGUCUCAUUUUAUAUGGAACAGCCGAACACCCUUACAACGCAACCACUCCCCAUCACUCCCAAUCAAGGAUGCUGGAGAUUUCAGUGCCCAAAAUGGAGCCCUCUAAAACAACAGUUUUCCAGAGUCAGAUGGAGGUGGUGGAAGAGGAGGAAGAAUACACAGGUCCAUGUCAUCCUGAAUGUGGCAACAAAGGCUGCGAUGGUCCUAAUGCAGAUCAGUGCUUGAAUUGCAUCCAUUACAGUCUUGGAAGUGUUAAAGCUGGCAGGGUGUGUGUGAGCUCGUGCCCUUCAGGGUAUUUUGGGGAUAACGCAAGUAGGAGAUGCCGAAGAUGCCAGAAGGGGUGCGAAACCUGCACGGGCAGGGGCCGAAACCAGUGUACAUCUUGCCAACGCGGUUUCUAUCACCACCAGGAAACAAAUUUAUGUGUGGUGUUCUGUCCAGCUGGGUUUUACGCCGAUGAAAGUCAAAAACUCUGUCUUGAAUGUCAUCAAAGCUGUAAAAAAUGUGCUAGUGAUCCAGAUAAACAUAUUCUAUGCAAGGAUGGAUUCAGCCCAUUAGGAGCAGGCUGUCUCCCGGAAUGCCAGCCAGGCAUGUACUUCAGCAAAGAGACCCGGAAAUGUGAGAGGUGCCACACGAGCUGUCAGACAUGUGUCGGGCCAGGCAAAGAGGCAUGCAUACAAUGUGCCAAGGAUUUCCACCUGCACGAGUGGCGAUGUGUCCCUGCUUGCAGCCAGGGGUUUUACCCUGAGGCGGUGCCAGGUCUACCUUAUAAAGUCUGCACAAGAUGUGAUGACAGCUGCUCAGCUUGUGAAGGCUCCAGGGAUAACUGCGUCAAGUGUAAGGAAGGUUUCAAUCUGCGCAUCGGCUCAUGCAUCACAAAUGUAACCUGCAUGGAUGAUUCUCCUAUUCCUGAACGCAGCCCCUCAGCUUUCAAGACUCUCUGUGAGAUUGUGAAAUCAAAAAAGCUCUGUGAAAUGAAGCUAUUCGUACAGUUAUGCUGUCAGACAUGUCUCAUGGCUGGAUAAAGUUACCAGUAUCGGCAUCCAGGAAUUCCACCAUCUUGCAAGUCCAGUUUGCCAAACCUUUAGGACAAAAGUUUAUUUUUUCAACUUUGGGAGAGUUUACAUGGUGCUGCCUAACAUCAGUUUGAUAGCUUUAAUAUCUCUGUCAAUUUGUUUCUAUAGCAACAUAAUGAAUAGCAUUAAAUCUAGGUAGGAUAUUAUUCUUGGUAAUUAAGGCCCCAAAGAUACAAAACAAAUGGCAAUAUUAAUACUCUCAAAUGCUUCUCAUGAAUGAGGACUGAUGUGUGAACUAGACACCUCACCUUGUUUCUUAGUCAAAAUCCUUCUGAUUCAACCAUUCCAAGGGCAUAGCAGGAGAUCAGGACUCGAAAGCACUGAGGAUUUCUGUGUCUCUGAGAAGAAGCAGCUAUUAAUGUUUAAACACUUUCUGUUCUUCUAUGCUAGCUCAUGACUGAUAAAAAUCCACGUUACAAAAAAAAAGCAGUACAGUAUUUUUCUGUUCUUUACAUAUGUAAAAUGAUGAACUGUGUAAUCUGAACUAAAUAAUCUGCUCGAUAAAAGCUCUAAAGCAAAGUAUUCAGGUUACUCGUUGGCUUCUGUUGUUAACUGUUUCUGUCUGGCCAUAAAUUUGACAAUAACUGGAGACUUGAGGAUCAUAUUCAGAGUUGGUGUAAGAGGGACAAUCCAGUGCACCUGCUAGUGCCGUUGGAAUUUAGCCCAUAGUGUCUGUUGGGGCCCUCAACCUGCCAGCAGUUGCAUGCAAGCAGAUCCAUGCCCCUGCACAGAGCCCCACUGAUUCAGUGGGAGGCUGGCCAGAUGUAAGGGUCCAUCCAGAUGUAAGGAGUCUUAUUUACUGAAUCCAUUUCUCUUCCGAAAUAGUGAUUAAGUUGUUGAUGAACUCCAUUCUAAUCAUUGAAACCCGGUUAGGUUCUUCCUCUCUUAGCUAAAUGAGAUGGUUUUCCUGUAUUUUUACCCUCCAGCACUUUGCAUCAAAGCCUCUUCUAUAUGACAACACUUUGAUGGACUUAACACCUCUAAGAAAUCCCGAUGCCGAUGAUCCGGUCAGGAAAUGCCUUCCCUAUCCAGCUCAGUUCUCUAAAACAAAUCAGAAUCUCUUCACUCUGUCUCCAAACAGAAUGUCUUAUGGUGUUUGUAUAAUUGUUUAAAGUUUAUUUGGCUAUGUUGUCCUGAGAUUUUUUGUAAUAACUUAUACUGUAUUUCUCCAUAGAUUAUUAAUUAUUAUUGUUAUUAUUUUGAUGGGAAGUGGGGAAUCUUUUAUGUGUCUUAUUCAGGUGUUUCCCCUUCUCCGGGACCUCUGUUGCCAGACUUUAUAAAGAUGUUAUUUUCAUAAGACAUAUGUAGAUGAUACUUCUUAUGUUGCAUGUUCUGAUUUUCAUUGUUAAUAGUUUUAACAAGUUCAGCCUUCUGCCAGUGAAAUUCACAGUAAAAGCUUUUAUCAGUUCUUUAUGAAGCAGGAAGAAUCCGGUUUUUUUUUAAUUCAAAUUAUUUUCACCCUGUCUGGGCCUGUCCAGUAAAACCUCAGCCAGGUGAACAGGGGAUGGCCAAAUGUCAUUGUUCAUAAAACUGAAUGGAUCAACAACCACGUAAAGGCAAAGCUUCUAUGAACUGAGCAUAAAAUUAAUAAAUUGUUUACAUCCACUAA